GGGUAGGUCGCGUUUCUAACCUUCAGCGACAACGUGUUUCGUGAUUGACCCUCCAACGGAAGCUGCGUACUGCUUGCAGACGUACCUUACAUACGUGUUAUUGAAUUCUUGAUAAAUUUUAUCAAAAGUGGGCUAACGAGGUGUAUGCGAGUAAAUAAUUUAUUUAUUCGAUUUUCGGCCAAACAUUAAAUACGUAUAGCGUUAUACAUAUAAUAUAUAUAUAUAUAUAUAUAUAUAUAUCCUCACGGUAGACACAAUAUAUCAAAAGAAGGUACAUAUCAAUUUCUGAAAGCUCGGGUGGGUCACGAACUUCCCCCCCUGCUCAUUAGUGUCCUCCGGUGACAAGAAUUAAAGUGUCGAUAACGAGAUCCGAGGGGGCAACCUCCUUCCAGAAGGAGGAGCAACGAGCAAGUUCUGAGUCCUGAGGGCAAGGAAGAGAAAAAAAAGGAGACGUAGGAAGAAGGGUGGAAGAACGAAGAGGGAGAGCGUGGGAGAAAAAAUAAAAGGAGUUACGUAAUAAAGAAAAUAACAAAAAAAAAUAUACGGAUCCUCCGUAAUAUCGGUAUCGUGGGAAUUGGUUAUUCUGUGUAUUCUCGACUUACGUCCCGGGUAUCCGUAUAUCUGACGGUUCUCGAUAUCCUCGGUAAACGUAGUGAAAGCCGUGCCGUGGUGGUGGUGUCUCGAGAAAGGAAAUUCCUCGGGGAAAAGUCCAAGAGAAGGGAAAAGGAGAUAGCGAGGAAUCAUAGGAGAAAUAAAACAUGUGGUGAUUUCAUCGGAUCUUGUACGGAUCUUACGCCGUCGCCGAGAGAUCGGGACAAGCGACAAGCGAUCGAUCGAAUUUUCAAAGUAACAGCAGUUACGCAGGUGGCUACUACGGGGUUAUUAAGUGCAGUGACGGGUGACGGAAGGAAGGCGAGGAAGCGAGUCAAUAUGACUCCUAUUUUCCUCGUCCUGUUGAUGGCGAUCAACCUUACUUUUGCGCAGACUGGCAACAUCAGCGAUUCUCUAUACAUCACGUACAUGACAAAUCCGCCGAGGAUCGUCGUCAGGCCGCAGUCCCAGCAAGUCAAGAACGGCGGAGUGGCCAGUUUCUACUGCAGCGCCCAAGGAUCACCGACGCCCCAGAUACAUUGGCGUAAAAAUGGAAGAAAAGUUUCACCAUCGCAAACGCGCUACCUCAUGCAAACCUACAGCGAUGGCGCCUUGCUGAGAAUCGAACCAGUGAGAAUCGGAAGGGACGACACGGUCUACGAAUGCCUUGCUGAAAAUGGGGUCGGGGAUGCAGUUUCCGCCCAGGCCCAGCUCACAGUCUACAGCACGGACAAUCUACCAACUGGAUUCCCAAUGAUAACACAGGCGCCGACGACGAAGGUGGUCGAGAUGGGUCAUAACGCUCUCCUCUCCUGCGCCGCCGUUGGAUCACCAAGUCCCAUCAUAUCCUGGAACAGGGAUCUCAUUCCCGUAGACACGUCCAAUCCGCGCUACACCGUCCUCGAAUCCGGUGCCCUCCAGAUUACUGACUCCGAGGUUGAGGAUCAAGGGAAGUACGAGUGCGUGGCGAACAACUCCGUCGGUACGGAAUACUCGAAGUUUACGUCGCUCUAUGUCAAAAUUCGACGCGUCACGCCACAAUUCUCCAUCCCUCCGCCACCCGUCAGCGAAGUCAUGCUCGGCGCAUCCUUGAACCUGACCUGCGUCGCCGUCGGGGCGCCCAUGCCUUUCGUGAAGUGGCGCAAGGAGCCAGCAACGGACUUGACGCCGGACGAAAAAAUACCUAUUGGCAAGAACGUUCUGGUACUGACGGAUAUCCAGGAGUCGUCGAACUACACCUGCAUAGCUGCCAGCGACCUGGGAAUCAUAGAAGCCAUGACCAUGGUCAAAGUUCAAUCAUUACCUGAUCCACCGGCCAAUGUCCAGGUGUCAGACAUCACAGCCACCUCGGUCAAGCUCACCUGGUCCUACAAGGGCCCUGAUCAGCUUCAGUACUACGUGAUCCAACACAAGCCCAAGCAAGCUGUUCACCAGGCGUAUUUCGAGAUAUCUGGGAUCACGACCAUGUACUAUCACGUGCGAGGUCUCAGUCCCUACACGGAAUACGAGCUCUUCGUCAUCGCCGUUAACAGUAUCGGCAGAGGUCCCCCGAGCGCCCCGGUCACCGUCACCACCGGCGAGACCACGGAAUCUACAAAUGGAGGUUCCAAACCUGGUUCGUCACCGAGAAGGGUUCAGGUGCGACCCCUGAGUUCCAGCACCAUGGUCAUUCAGUGGGACGAGCCUCAAACGCCAAAUGGUCAAGUAACCGGUUACAAGGUCUAUUAUACGACGGAUCCGGAUCAACCGAUGGCGUCCUGGCUUUCUCAGAUGGUCGACAAUAAUCAGCUGACAACAAUAUCCGACCUGACGCCUUAUCAGAUGUAUACGGUCCGAGUGCAGGCUCUGACGAGUGUAGGCCCCGGGCCAGUAAGUCCCCCCGUGCAAAUAAAGACCCAGCAAGGGGUGCCAAGUCAGCCGGAACAGCUGAUGGCUGUCGAUAUCGGGGAGACCAAGGUGACGCUCCAAUGGAGCAAACCAGCUCUCAGUGCUGAGAAUAUUCUCAGCUACGAGCUAUAUUGGAACGACACCUACGCGAAGGAGAAGCAUCAUCGAAGAAUCGGCGUCACGGAGAACUACACGCUGACAGGUCUCUACCCGAACACCCUGUACUACGUCUGGCUGGCGGCUAGGAGUCAAAGGGGUGAAGGCGCCACCACAACGCCGUAUCCGGUUCGCACGAAGCAGUACGUCCCCGGGGCUCCGCCUCGCAAUGUAACCGGAAAAGCGACCGGGCCUACCACCAUUUUGGUCUCUUGGGAGCCCCCGCCAGCCGAUCGUAGCAACGGACGAAUCGCUUACUACAAGCUGCAAGUCGUCGAGAGCGGCCGCUCCGAUUCGGAAGCCACGGUUAUCAAGCUGAACGACACGCAAUUUGUGUUGGACGAACUCAAAAAGUGGACCGAGUAUCGGAUCUGGGUUCUGGCUGGGACCAGCGUAGGUGAUGGGCCUCCCUGUUAUCCUAUCAUUGUCAGAACUCACGAAGAUGUGCCGGGCGAUCCUCAGGACGUCAAAGCGACGGCGAUCAAUUCCACGGCGAUUCACGUCGAGUGGAAACCGCCUCGCGCCAAAGAUCAAAACGGCGUAAUUCGCGGUUAUCACAUCCACGUCCAAGAAGUCCGAGAGGAAGGAAAAGAUCUGCUGAAUGAUCCAAUUCGGCGCGACGUCCACGAAGAUGGGGUACUGGAGCUCAAUGUCACCGACCUCCAACCGGACACCAAAUAUUCCGUUCAGGUGGCUGCCCUUACUAGGAAGGGCGACGGGGAUCGUUCGCAACCCGUACACGUUAAAACUCCUGGUGGGGUGCCAAUCAGACCCCACGUCAACGUCAAGGUGAUGGACCGAGAUCCUAUUGUCUUGGAGCUGGAAUGGGACAAACCGACCCAAACGUACGGGGAGCUGCUGGGCUAUAGAAUCCGAUAUGGAAUUAAAAAUCAGACCCUGAAGGAGAAAUUUAUCUCAAACACCCAACAGAACACGUACAAAAUAACUGAUUUAGAAGAACGUGGCGUGGACUACGAAUUCCGCGUGGCUGGUCAAAACAAAAUGGGUUUUGGUCAGGAGGCUGUUCGCUACUGGUUCAGUCCCGAGGGUGAACCGACUGGACCACCAACAAAUUUGUCCUAUCACUUCCAAACACCUGACACGGUCUGCUUUACCUGGGACAAGCCCUUGCGUAAUCACAGAAACGGUCAAAUAAUCAGGUACGACGUCCAAUUUCACAAGAAGAACGACCACUCGCCGAUGAUCGAGCGCAACACGACGAAGAACAGAGCCGUCUUCACGAAUCUGGAAGAGAACACCGAGUACAUGUUUCACGUGCGGGCGCACACGUCCAGGGGAACUGGACCCUUCUCAGAGAAGAUCAUGAUAGUCACCGACAUGGACAUAGGACGUGCCCCGAUAUCGGUAAACGCGAUAGCCACUUCUGAAUCCAGCGUGGAGGUCUGGUGGGAGCCUGUUCCAAAUCGCAAUAAGAUAGUCGGUUAUCAGAUAUUUUACACGAUGACUGCCGUGGAGGAUCUUGACGAGUGGAAGCAAAAGACGGUCGGGCUGACGGAAUCAGCUGACCUAUUGAACCUUGAGAAGUAUGCCCAGUACGCGGUGGCCGUGGCGGUCAGGUACAAAACGGGUCUUGGUCGUCUCAGUGUAAAGGUCACAGUCAAAGUUAAACCAGAAGAAGUUCCCCUGAACCUAAGAGCACCCGAGUCCUCCACGCACUCCAUGAAGUUGUCCUGGAGUCCCCCAAUCAAGUUCAAUCCCAUAAAGUAUAAAGUGUCUUUCGACGCUGUGAAAGAGUUCGUUGACUCCCAGGGUAUGACGCAGAUUCAGGUGGUACCGCGAAAGGAGAUUUUGCUGGACCCAGAGGAGACGUCGACGACCAUCAAUGAGCUGCAACCGUUCACCACGUACAACGUGAACGUCAGUGCGGUUCCCCCUGAUGGACAGUAUAAACCACCUGCUAAAAUAGCUGUCACCACUCAGAUGGCUGCUCCGAAACCGAUGGUCAAGCCUGAUUUCUAUGGUGUUCUUAACGGUGCUGAAAUACAAGUAAUUCUGCCCCAAGCGUCAGAGGAAUAUGGUCCGAUAUCUCAUUAUUACCUCAUCGUUGUACCUGAAGACAAGUCGACUGCCCACAAGCAACCUGACGAGCUGACCGAAGACAUGAUCGCUGGCAAAGGUACCAAACAAAAGACGGAGAACGCGCCUUACAUUGCUGCGAAGUUCCCUCACAGGGACAUUCCGUAUACAUUCCAUUUAGGAAAUGGAGACAUUUACGAGGGUUAUGAGAAUAGGAAGCUGGAGAGAAACAAGAAAUACCGGAUCUUCGUGCGAGCUGUCGUUGAUACUCCAAGAAAGCAUCUCUACACCUCUUCCCCGUUCUCGGAGUACCUGGCUUUGGACAUGAGAGAAGUGCCACCCGGUGAGCCUCCGCGUCGUCCCAAUCCCAACACCCCGGUCGACGGAAAUCCGGAGGUCUCCGUGAAGACCAGCGGACCAGAGCCAGGAAUGGUUUGGGUAGUAGGUCCCAUAAUAGCAGCCUUGAUGGUCAGCGUCUUCUUGGUACUUCUCUUUGUAAUAAAGAAAAGACGACAACCGUGCAAAGCGCCAGACCAAGCAGCCGUGACGCGUCCACUAAUGGCAGCGGACAUAAGUUCGAAUCACGCACCCUCAGAUCCUGUAGAAAUUCGCAGACUCAAUUUUCAAACGCCUGGAAUGAUCUCGCACCCACCAAUCCCGAUCAGCGAACUGGGCAACCACAUUGAGCGACUAAAGGCAAACGACAACUUGAAGUUCAGCCAGGAAUACGAAUCCAUUGAACCGGGUCAACAGUUUACCUGGGACCAUUCGAACAUGGAAGUGAACAUACCCAAGAAUAGAUACGCCAACGUGAUUGCCUAUGACCACUCCAGGGUCAUCUUGCAAACCAUCGACGGGAUCCUGGGCUCAGAUUAUAUUAACGCAAAUUACUGUGACGGAUACAGAAAACAAAAUGCGUACGUCGCCACCCAGGGUCCUCUCCAGGAGACCUUCGCGGACUUCUGGCGAAUGUGUUGGGAGUUGAGAAGCAGCACCAUAGUGAUGAUGACCAAAUUGGAAGAGAGAACUAGAAUAAAGUGCGAUCAGUAUUGGCCGACGAGAGGAGCAGAGACUUACGGACAGAUGACAGUGACGAUAAGCGACGUCCAGGAAUUGGCUACCUAUUGCAUAAGAACGUUCCAGGUGUGCAGAGCAGGUUACUCAGAGAGACGCGAGAUCAAGCAACUUCAGUUCACAGCUUGGCCGGAUCAUGGUGUCCCGGAACAUCCAGCGCCAUUCCUUCAGUUCCUGCGCCGAGUCAAGUCCCUGAACGUACCGGAUAGUGGUCCAUUGGUUGUGCACUGUAGCGCAGGUGUCGGGAGAACCGGAUGUUUCAUAGUGAUUGACUCCAUGCUGGAAAGGAUCAAGCACGAGAAGAUGAUCGACAUUUACGGUCACGUGACCUGCCUCAGAGCUCAGCGCAAUUACAUGGUCCAGACCGAAGAUCAAUAUAUAUUUAUCCAUGAUGCCCUAUUGGAAGCUGUGAUCUGCGGCAACACCGAAGUGCCGGCGAGGAAUCUCCACUCUCACAUUCAAAAGCUCGUCCAGCCCGAGCUCGACAAUAUAACCGGCAUGGAACUGGAGUUCAAGAAGCUGUCCAACAUCAAGGCCGACUCGACGAGAUUCAUCUCAGCAAACCUGCCGUGCAACAAGCACAAAAAUCGUCUCGUCCACAUCCUUCCCUACGAGUGCACCAGAGUCUGCCUUCAGCCACAGCGCAAUAUAGAGGGAUCUGAUUACAUAAAUGCCAGUCUCAUAGAUGGAUAUCGUUAUCGUGGGGCAUAUAUAGCGACACAAGGUCCUCUCAACGACACCACGGAUGACUUCUGGCGGAUGCUGUGGGAGCACAAUUCCACUAUCGUGGUCAUGCUGACGAAGCUCAAGGAAAUGGGCAGAGAGAAGUGUCACCAAUAUUGGCCCUCGGAUCGCUCAAUACGGUACCAGUGCUUUGUGGUGGAUCCCAUAGCCGAGUACAACAUGCCUCAGUACAUCCUCAGAGAAUUCAAAGUGACCGACGCUCGGGAUGGCGCCAGUCGCACGGUCAGGCAGUUCCAGUUCACAGACUGGCCCGAGCAGGGCGUACCCAAAUCAGGCGAUGGGUUCAUCGACUUCAUAGGGCAGGUUCACAAGACUAAGGAGCAGUUUGGACAGGACGGACCCAUCACGGUUCACUGCAGCGCUGGAGUCGGUCGAACCGGUGUCUUCAUCACCCUCAGCAUCGUCCUCGAACGCAUGCAGUACGAGGGUGUUGUGGAUAUCUUCCAGACAGUCAGAAUACUACGCACUCAACGUCCAGCCAUGGUCCAGACCGAGGAUCAGUAUCAAUUCUGCUACCGAGCAAGUCUCGAAUAUUUGGGCUCGUUCGACCAUUACGCCAACUGACAAGCAGACUCACGGGAGCCGAGGGAAGCCGCCAGAGAACGUGGUGAACGACCUUCGAGGAAUCGAGAGAAUCCUGAGAGAGCAAGAGUGCGGCGUGUUUAGAGAACGAUGCUAGAAAUGUGCGUGAAAAUAUACGAACUCGAGUGAAUCCGUAUUCUCUAAGCGAAAAUAAGAACUGGACACAUGGACACUUAAUAAGGAUCCAUUUGUAAAUGGACAUUGUGUAGCGAGACGCCAUCUUGAGUAUAAUCUCAAGUGUCUUCUUGGUGAGAGUGACGAAGAACUACUAGAGAAUGGGCCAAGUGUAUCUCGUCGAUGGCAAGUCGUCGUCGUCGUCACGGCACGCGCAAUUCUUCCUAAGGAAAUUUUCAUUCUUAUUGCGUUUGUAGAGAGUGAUCGGUGUGCGCUAUGAGAAAAUCUUAUGAACGUAGAUGGCGCAUCAUUCGCAAAGCUAUCUCGACUCUAAUCAAAGUUAAGAGAGGUUGACUCUUUUCUGGAUUUAAGCCCAGCAUCCACUAAUCUUGACUCCACGACAUCUUGCUGUUGUCCCUGGCCAACCCUUUCCUCUCUCUCUCGUUGAAUUCUCAAUGAAAUAUCAUGGGCUCGUUUGUAAUUCGAUAAUCGAUCCCGACCUAGAACAUAUCUAAGAGGCAAGUACGCACACGCGGAUGCAACGUCCUCGAGGUCUGGUCAAUUUACGUGACUUCCUGAGAGUCGAAAACCUUUUUGAUGAACCUUUAAUAGAGAAUCGAAAUCUCACCCACUAUCGUAUCUAGCUAGUUCAAUUUUAUCUAGACUAAUCGAUUGCUAUAUCAAAACGACCAGAAUCUUUCUCUAGACGACGAAAUCCUUGGGCCAGUUUUGAACCCUCUUUCGCGUCGUUCCUUAAACUAGGGCGAGAAUAUUCUUUAGGCGAAUAGAAGAAAACAAAUUUUGAGAAAAGUAGGGGAAAGACAGGCAAACUGUAAAGAGGGGCAAGAAUUGAAAGGAAGUAGAAUUUGAAUAAAAAAUAACUAGAAAUUGGAUUCGACGCUCCUGACACGCUCUGCAGAGUAUUUGAACGAGGUACUAUGCGUGUUGUACAUUAGAGGAAUGAAUUUUGAAAAUGCGUAACGCUAUCAAGAGAAGCGACAGGAGAGAGAAAGCACUCCCGUGCGAACAAGAGAGAUGAAAAUUUCCGCUCACUGAUAAGAAAAUUGCCAUACUGCCAAAUCGACAAUUAUUAAUGCCCUAGCCCAUUACGCACGAUAGGGAUCUUCUCAUUACCUACCUAGCGUAACUUUAUCUAGCCACUUAAGCGACCGGUGUAAGCUGUAGAAUUAAGGAUGCCAUAGGAAGACAUGGAUAAGUGAGGGAAGAAUUAAAAAAAGGCGAGAAGGGUGAAGGAGUCAAAAAAUAAUAAAAGGGAAGCGGUGCCUAUAGCUAAAAGAAAGUGCACUAUGGUCUGCGGUGUACACCUGUAUGAAAUAAUAGUUUAAAUAGAGAAGCACUGUAUGUUGGAUUCACCUGAGGUUCUUACGGUGCCCUCAUUGUCGUUACCCUCAUUAUCGUAAUUUUAAUAACGACGCGUGUACAAAGUUCCACUUGAGGCUUACGUACCUCGCGUGUUCCUCUACACUAUUCACAUUCCAAGACGUAACGACACAAAUCCGGCAGCGAUUCACUUUGAAAAUUUAAUCAAUUUUCUAAUGACCGCGUGUUACUCAUCAUUUUCAUCAUCGACGUCGAAAUCGAGAAUUAUCUCCACUGUCAGUUAUGUGUAUGAAAUAUCAUCCAUGUAAAGCACCGAUCUUCCACCACCAGAGAUCCUUGUUACGCUUUUUCUUGUUGACAAUUGACUCUCUCUCUAAAUUCUUCUAUUCUGUAAAGACAAUAAGCGUGUCUUCAUUUAUAGCCUUGACUUGUUAUCAAACUCUAGUUUAUACGUAAGGCGAAGCAAAACGAUAUGUGAGAACAAAUAGUUAUAAUUUAGAUAUAUUAUAAGGAUUGAGAAAACAUAGAUAAGGGCAUCUCGAUCUCGAUUUCGACGCCGACCUAGAUGUACCUUUGCUGUACGACACUUCCAUUCCGCUAGUAUGUUAAAGUAUAUAUUGUCAUCUGUGUCACUGAUGCCAAUGUGGCUUUUCUUCCAAGCGAAUACGAUGGCACGGAUUAGUGAGUUUACGUUUCUUCUUUUCUUUUUCUUUCCUUUUAUACUCUUAUACAUUGUUCAUGCGAAAUCGCGAUGCAGAAGCAACGAGGGCCCCGCGGAAAUUCACGACUAUGUGUACAUAAAUGCACCGUCUGUCAUUAAUAGCAUUAUAUACAUACAUAACGAAUAAUAUAUACAUAUAUAUAUAUAAUAUAUAUAUAUGUUACUAUAAAUAUUAUUCUAAAUAGACACAGAAAAAAGAAAUUUAGGAAGAAAACACAAAUGGAACAGACAUUGGGAAUCGAGAUUGUAUGGAUAUUUUCCAAGUUACGGAGAUAAUAAAUAUUUAAUAAGGGAGGCUGGGCUUUGCCACUCACUGCUCCAUCCAGAUUCAAUUCUGCGUUGUUAAAAUGAGAGGAAGUUGGAUGUGGAGAAAGAACCGGAACGGCAAUCAGUGAAUGGGCGAGUCACAAAUGGUUAUCCUAUCGAAGCAGCACACCCCGAUAAAAAGUUUACUUACGGCAUAUUUAGCUUGUUUAACGUUUUUUAUACUUUGUAACGUCGUGUUUUUAUAUAUUUUUACAAAUCAACUUGCAUGCUAAUGUUUCUUAAGAAUAUUUAGUUUAUAGAAUUCAUGGGAGGUUCGCGAUCACUCAAUUCAUCAAUGUAUCGUGCGUUCGUUUCAUCGAAGUUCUAUGUCCGCCAUUAUUCGCGUUCGUAUGUUCACGCGAUCGCCGUCAAAGGCGCUGGCUUCGUCGAUCAUUUAAUUUUAAGUCAUCACUCGACGCUCGAACAAUUUAUUGAUUGAACAAUUUGUUCUUUUAACUGAAAUCCCAUCUGCGGUGAUGGAAAGAGCAAGAACAAAGCGGCGACGAUUAAAAAGAAAUUGUAAGUAAAUUAAUGAAACAAUACUGAAUUUACCGCGUAAGCAUAUCGCUAGUUAUGUGUUGAUAGCGUUAAUUGACGUCACCCACGGAUCCAAUGCAUUUACGCAAUUAUAGUUGAAAGAAAAGUCCACGAUGUAUAUUUAUAGUAUGGAUUGUAAGCGUCCUUAUUGCGUUCCUUUUUUUGUACCGCUACCACUGUCAUUACCCACCGUCCCCAGCCUUAUCACUACCGCCACAAACAUCACCAACCAUCCCCCCGUUGACACCUGAGAAUUUUGCGUGUACGUUCUUGUAUUUUAGCUGCGUGUCUGUCGUUAGUGGCUAACUUUCUUCUUUCGAUGAAAAUGGAAAAAAAAAAAAAAGUAAAAUUAACCGGGAGC